CUGGGAAUUGCUGGCUCCGCCAAGCCAAGAAUGGCCGCUGCCAGGUCCUGUAUAAGACAGAAUUGAGCAAAGAGGAGUGCUGCAGCACCGGCCGUCUGAGUACCUCGUGGACCGAGGAGGAUGUGAACCACAAUACUCUCUUCAAGUGGAUGAUUUUCAACGGAGGCGCCCCCAACUGCAUCCCCUGUAAAGAAACGUGUGAGAAUGUGGACUGCGGACCUGGGAAAAAAUGCCGAAUGAACAAGAAGAAUAAACCCCGCUGUGUCUGUGCCCCAGACUGUUCCAACAUCACCUGGAAGGGCCCAGUGUGUGGGCUGGAUGGGAAAACCUACCGCAAUGAAUGUGCACUCCUCAAGGCCAGAUGUAAAGAGCAGCCGGAACUGGAAGUCCAGUACCAAGGCAAAUGUAAAAAGACUUGCCGGGAUGUUCUCUGUCCUGGCAGCUCCACCUGUGUUGUGGACCAGACAAACAAUGCCUACUGUGUGACAUGCAAUCGGAUUUGCCCAGAGCCCUCCUCUUCUGAGCAGUACCUGUGUGGGAAUGAUGGAGUGACUUACUCUAGUGCCUGCCACCUGAGAAAGGCCACAUGUUUGCUGGGCAGAUCGAUUGGAUUAGCCUAUGAGGGAAAAUGUAUCAAAGCAAAGUCCUGUGAAGACAUCCACUGUGGUGGUGGAAAAAAAUGCCUGUGGGAUUUCAAGGUUGGCCGAGGCCGUUGCUCUCUCUGUGAUGAGCUCUGCCCUGACAGUAAGUCGGAUGAGCCGGUCUGCGCCAGUGACAAUGCCACUUAUGCCAGCGAGUGUGCCAUGAAGGAAGCUGCCUGCUCCUCUGGCGUGCUGCUUGAAGUGAAGCACUCCGGAUCUUGCAACUGAAUCUGCCUGUAAAACCUGAGCCAUUGAUUCUUCAGAACUUUCUCCAAUUUUGACUUCAUAGAUUAUGGUGGUUUGUUUGUUGUUGGUUUUUAAGUAAACUUAUUGCAUAACUGCAGAUGCCAAAAAAAAAAAAAAAAA